UGCCCCUCCCCUCAGUCAAGAUGGCGGCUCUGAGGGCGGCGGGGGCGGCGCUGCUGCGGCCCCGGCCCGGGCCGGCCCCGGCCGCGCUGGGCUACCACAAGAAGGUGGUGGAUCACUACGAGAACCCGCGCAAUGUCGGCUCCCUCGACCGCAAUGCCAAGAAUGUGGGCACCGGCCUGGUGGGCGCCCCGGCCUGCGGCGACGUCAUGAAGCUUCAGGUGGAAGUGGACGAGAACGGCAGGAUCGUGGACGCUCGCUUCAAAACCUUCGGCUGCGGCUCGGCCAUCGCCUCCAGCUCGCUGGCCACGGAGUGGGUCAAAGGGAAAACGGUUGACGAAGCGCUGAAAAUCAAGAACACAGAUAUUGCCAAGGAACUCUGCCUUCCCCCUGUCAAACUGCACUGCUCCAUGCUGGCUGAAGACGCCAUCAAGGCUGCCUUGGCUGAUUACAAACUGAAGCAGGAUCCAAGCAGAGAAUCGGACAAAAAAGCCGACAAUGCCUGAACUGCCUGCGCAGCUUCUCCUCCUCCCUCCUCACUCUGCAGUGCAAUUCCCGAGCUGUAGUAGGACCCUAUGCACUACUCAAGCUGUAAGAUACGCACAAGUUACGCACAACGUGUCCCUGUGGUGUCCAGCCACUCCGUAGUGCUCACGUGGAUGGGGGCUCCUGUCCCUCGGGAAGACUCCGCUCCGGAGACAAACCCCGCUACUGGCCGGUACUGGAAGGGCUGCACUUUGAUUUUUAUUUUGGGAAAAUGUCUAGUUUUUGCCUAAUACUUGAUGGAAUUUGGUGGGAAGCGUUGCCCUGGUUUGGAUGAGUGUGUGAGAAUUGCAGCGCCGCCCUCGGCUCCGGCUGCCUCAGGGUUGGUUUCACAAUCCUGGGGCAAAUUCCUGCCCUUGGAAUUCUGGGAGACCCUUUGCAGGUGCCAAAGGGAAAAGUGGCCAGGAAACACUGGUGGUUUCUGUUCCCAUCCUGUCACUGUUAAUUUUUGAAGCUCUUGAUUGAGAACAGCCUGAAUUUCUUGGUGUUUUCGCUAAGAAUUUCACUUUUGCACUCACCAGGUGCUCUCUUACAGCUGUAAAUCCUGGUCUACAGGAAGGUGUUCCUGCCCAAGGAAAGGGUUUGCAACUGGAUGAGCUGUAAGGUCCCUUCCAACCAAAACCUGUCCCUCUAAAAUACGCCCUCAGACUGGAUACCCUGUGGUAUCCAACAGAGCUGGAAUGCAGAGCUGAGGGGGAGUUCCUCCUUUCCAGGGAAGCAUUUCCAAACCAAGCAGACAGCAUACUGGCAAACUUCACUUUUUUACCCCACAAGACACCUCACUUCCCAUUUUUCAUACUGAGGGUGUUAAGCAUUUAAAACCACAUUUAAAAAAAUAAUUGUCUCGUUCUGCUCCA